AUGAGGAACAUAAAGAAUCAAAGGAGUAAAGUAGAGUCCGUCAACGGUAUGUAUCCCUCUCCUGCCUCCGCCCCAGCCCACCAGCCCGCCCAGCCUCCUGGUCAGCCUGCCCGCCCAGCCCGCCCCAGCCUGGGCCCUGCCCAGCCCGCCACCAGCCCGCCCAGCCUCCGCCCAGCUCCGCCCCAGCUCCGCCCAGCCGCCAGCCUCCGCUCCAGCCUGCCCCAGCCUGGGCCCAGCCGCCUCAGCUCCUGGCUCAGCCCGUCAGCCUGCUCAGCCGUCACCAGCCUGCCUCAGCCUGCCUCAGCCCGCCAGCUCCGCUCCAGCCUCCGCCAGCCCUGGCUCCGCGCCUGGGCUCAGCCCUCCCCGCUCAGCCUGGCUCAGCCUGCUCAGCUCGCUCAGCUGCCUCAGCUCGCUGCCCGGCUCAGCCUGGCUCAAACACAGCCUGCCCGCCUGCCUGGCUCAGCCGCUCAGCCUGCUCCAAAGCCUGGCUCAGCCUGCCUGCGCCUGCCUGCCAGCCUAGCUGCGCCGUCAGCCUGCUCAGCUCACCAGCCUCACCAGCCUGGCUCUCAGCCUGGCUCAGCCUGGCCAGCCCGCCCAGCCCUGGGCCUGGCCUGGGCCUGCCCGGCUCAGCCUGGGCUCAGGUGCCUGGCUCAGCCCGGCUCAGCCUGGCCCCAGCCUGGCUCAGCCUGCCGCUCAGCUCCGCCUCAGCCUGCCUGCCCGGGCUCAGCCUGCUCAGCUCACCAGCCUCCGGCUCAGCCUGGCGUCAGCCUGGGCCUGCCUGCCCUGCGCCUGCUCAGCCUGCUCAGCCUGCCUGCCUGCUCAGCUCAGCUCAGCCUGCUCAGCUACUCAGCCUGCCUCAGCCCAGCCUGGCUCAGCCUCGCUCACAGCUCGCUCAGCUCGCUCAGCCUCCGCUCAGCCUGGCUCAGCCUCGCUCAGCCUGCUCAGCCUGCCUGGCUCAAAGCUGCUCAAAGCUAG